AUGACCCUCGAGGCUAACCUGGAUGGACCUGGCCAACGGGCACUCCCAACAUCCGAGCCACAUGGAAGCAACUCGUCUUUCCGGCGCAUUGUCUGGGAGCGGGGGUGCUGUUUACGCCUGAGAGUCCACACCGAACAUUGUUGCCUCUCCAAAGGCAACCUGUGUCAAGGCCACCGAUCGAGCCUGCCUGACAUCAUCAUCUCAACGGCGACAUGCAAGCGGCGCCAUCCAGUCUGGAGAGGAGUUGAGUUUCUCGGCUUGAUAUAUUCCCAGAGCUCGGAAAGCGAGGAGCAUCUCGAACGCGGCCCGCACUCGCGACUUGGUCUGCGGUCCCUGGAGAAGCUGCAUGGCUCUCGCAUAAGAAUGCUACUCGCAAUAUUUAUAAGUGUGGCCGCCGGGUUUUGCAUUGGAUCAGGCCAUUUCUUUGAACAAGAUCUGAACAAUGAAGACCAAAAGAUGUGUAUGGAGCCACAGGAACUAUCGAUACAUUACAGAGUGCAUCAAGGGAACGAAUACCAAGACAAGCUUCCUGUGGACACUCCGAUCACGUACCGCUGUGGCAUAGGAUAUCUUCCUAGAGAUAUCAAAACUUGGAAUGCUACUUGCCGGAUGAAUAGCAACGGGUCACUGUACUGGGAGAUCGAGAAGUAUGACUGCAGACUGGUGUCAUGCGGUCACCCAGGAGACAUCCGCUGGGGUCGCCUUCUGGACGCGGUCUUCGUGUUCUCGAAGGAAGUGCGGUACGAGUGCAACAAAGGCUACAGGAUGAUCGGAAAUGCCCAACUGUACUGUCAAACUGACGGCACCUGGAGUGGUGUGAAGCCUGAGUGUCAAAUCGUGGAUUGUGGACCUCUUGAAGGAAUCCCCAACGGCACUGUUACACUACACAGCACUCAAUACGGCUCCACGGCUGAGUUUACAUGCGACUAUGGCUUCAAAAUUAUAGGUACGAGCGCACGUACCUGUGAAGCUGAUGGGCAGUGGACUGAUGAAUAUCCACAUUGUGAAGAGAUCUUGUGUCCGCCGCCGGAACUUCCCGAAGUUAACGGCACUACCAGCCUGGGAGUCAACCUCGGAACUCAGCGUAGUGGCACACGAUUUGAAUACAUCUGCCCACCAAAUACUUUACUCGUUGGAUCAUCUAUAAACGUCUGUCAAGAGACUGGUUCCUGGCUCUUCGACCGACCGAUAUGCACUCCAAACUGCGUCGUACCAGUUGAUCAGAGUGCUGCUGUCCUACACCAGACUCACUGGUGGCAUCACCACAAGGUUGAAGUGCAGCCUGGAACAAGAGUGACUCAAUUUGAGGAAAGGUUUUUCGUUCAGUGCAAAGCAGGGUAUGAGCUCCUUCACGGCAUUGACAACCCACAUCAGAAGCCACUCCGCUGUCAGGGGGGCUUAUGGGACCCCCCGGGCCCUUGGUGCAAAGAACAGCCUUGCAGGAACGUUCACGUACCGGGUGGCAAGCCAGAAGUCAUGAAUAUGAUGCCUAACGACGUGCUGAAUGUCACCUGCAAGCCGUACCAUGAGCUUCAGAUAAAACAGAACGGUCAAAUGCCCGUGUGCAGAUUUGGAAGGAUUAAUGGCGACGUGCCUAUUUGCAAACCAGUAAACUGCGUCGUACAAGCUGACCACAGUGCUGCUGUCAUACGCCAGACCGACUCAUCAGGCUACAACCAGGUUGAACUGCAGCCUGGAAGUCAAGUGGCUCAUUCUGAAAGAAUAUUUGUUGAGUGCAAAAGUGGGUAUGAGUUCAUAGACGGCGUCGGCAACUCACUUCAUAGGCCACUCCGCUGUCAGGGUGGCGUAUGGCAACCUACGGGUCCUUGGUGCACAGAACAGCCGUGCAAGAACAUUCGUGUACCAGGUGGUGAGCCAGAAUUCUUGUAUCUGCUUCCUAAUGAUGUGCUCAAUGUCACCUGCAAACCCUACCAUACGCUGCAGAAGAAGAAGAAUGGUCGAACGCCAGUGUGCAGAUUCGGAAGAAUUCCUGGCGAUGUGCCUACUUGCAAACCAGUUGAUCGACAUGGACCACCAGUGACUUGCACUCUCCCUGUCAGACAAGAGCGCUUCAAGGCCCACCAUAAAUAUGUCCGCAUACUACCCCAACAAAUCGUCCCUAAUGGAACAGAGCUGGUAUUUCAUUGUGAACCUAUCGGUGUAACGAUUCUACGAGGGUCAAAUACUUCCCUAUGCCUUAAUGGCAAAUGGAUACCAGAAGUGCCUUCCUGCUACGGUAAAGAAUGGAAAGAGUGGGAUGAUAUCAACAUAUACAUCUAUGCUCAAACAUACAUUGUCCCCGGCGGAGAAGUGUACGUGGAACCAAAUACAGAAGUAACAGUGGACUGUUUGAGUUCUACGCCGGUACACUUUGUCUCUGAAACAAAUAUACAAUUGGAGCACCUAAAAUUGCCUGCCAGGCAAUACGGUCAGAGAGCGAAAUUCCCACUUGUCUAUGGUCAACGGGCAGAUAUUGCUUGUAAAAAUGUAAAGAACGCCUCGAAGAAAAUCAGGUUGCUGGGUCACGAUCUUUACAGGUGCCCUGAAAUCACGGAAACGCCCUAUCUGAACGUGAUGCGAAAAAACAGGGAAGUGGCUCAUAUCAGUUGUCGGCAUGGGUAUCGCCUACAAGGAAAACCAAGAAUUCACUGUCUCGGCCAGGGUGUGUGGAGCGAUCCCGUUCCUACCUGUGUGCCCCCCAUCGGAUCCCCAAAAACUCAUCCAAUCGGACCCGGGAAUCACAGUCUGGUUAACAAGACUAUGUCGACGCCCGUUGUACAGGGUUCUGAAUCCACUGCUGCGGACCCUCUGCGUCACAGCGAACAAGGCAUGGCAGCCAAACCUGUCCAAACAACUAACAAACACUUUGUGGAAGAAUCAGCCGCACAAGCUUUCAACAGAAAUAAAGAGCCAGAUACAAAAUCACAUCAUGGACAUAACACACGAUAUGCGUCUGUAAGCCCUGCAGAGUAUUCUUCUGAAUCCACUGAAAGUCAACCUCCCAUGUCUCUAAGUCAAACUAAAGAUGCCUUGAAUACUACGCGACUUGAAGUGCAAGAGCAAAGCAGUCUUCACGAGUUGACUACAAAUCAUGUGACAAGUGGCGAUGCUUCCAGAGAAAUCAGUCAACCGGCGCUCGCUUUUAUAUCCCAGAAUGAGUCGUCCAGGCCAGUCAUUUGUGAUCAUCGCACUGACUCAAGCCUCUGCAGCGAUCCUGCCAACGAAAGACGACCUUCGACGCGAGGUACAGGUGAUGAUCGGGCUGACCCAGCGGCCGGCGGUACCAGCGAACUACAAACUACGGCUCCUGAACGCCAUGAGAAAAGUGAUCUCAAUGUCUACUCAAAUUAUAGUUUAAACUUCAACGCACGUUACUCCAAUAGUUCACAUCAUCGCUCACUUCAAGAGGUGAAACCAGAAGCACCUUCGUUACCAUUCAACGAACCUUCAUCGAUCACUGAUCGGCCAAGUGUGACCAGUUCAGCGCAUGUUCCAAUGCAACCUGAAGACCCAUAUGAACCUUCAUCAACCAAAGUUCAUCCAAGUGUACAGCGAGCAAGCUGCACAUUCCCGCAAAGGCAGAAUCGGCUCAAAGCUCAUCAUAAGCAUAUUCGCAUACUACCUCUAGAAAGCGUCCCUCAUGGAGCCGAGCUGAUGUUUCAUUGUGAACCUGUUGGUGAGACGAUAAUGGGAGGGGAUGUGCCCACUUCCCGGUGCUUCGAUGGCCAGUGGAUUCCAAGUGUGCCUCACUGCUACGGCAGGGAAUCGAGCUAUUGGGAUGGUCUCUACAUGAAAUUCUCGGCUGAAGCAUACACUGUUCCCGGUGGCUUAGUGUACGUGGAACCGAACGUAGAAGUAUUGGUGGAGUGUUGGAAUACUAAGCCAGUAGAACUUAACAUCAAAUCAUAUGGCCAACUUCGACGCUCUGGUCAAUAUGUUGCUUGGGCGAAGUUCACAAUUGCACUCAACCAACGGGCACACAUUGUUUGUCGCAAGAAACACUACCCUAAGUCCUAUAGAGAAAUUAUGCUGCUUGGUCACCACCUCUACAAGUGCCCGGAAAUCCCGAAAUUACCCUAUCUGGAAGUGGAAAGGAAAAACAGGGAAGUCUACAAGUUCACUUGCCAAGAAGGGUACCGAAUUCAGGGAAAAUCACAAAUCCACUGCCUCGGGCAGGGCGUGUGGAACGAUCAUUUUCCUACCUGUGUGCCAAUCAAAAAAACGUCUAGCGCUCGUACCACCGAACCUGAGGAGCAAAAUCCAAUUAACGAGCUGAAGCCGACCUCUGUUGGGCAGGCGCAAGAUGGGUGUCGCUUCAGUGACUUUUAUAAUAUUGUUUCUCACGGACUGGUCCUUGAGUCAAAGGGCGAAGUAGCACCAUUGAACAGCACAUUUUGGCCUUUUUGUGACAGCGAUGGAUACACUUUGGUUGGAAAUUACAGCGCAGUAACCUGCCUCCAAAAUGGUUCUUGGCACGUCCCACCGCAAGUAAAAUGUAUCGAAGGAUGUGCCAACUUCGACACCGGGCCCAACGGCCCAAUGGUGGUAGGACGCAGAAGCUCUUACGCACUCGGCGACAGCCUCAUGUUCUUCUGCAGCAAUGGGACUCGGCUGCAGCCCCGAGUUGAGAGAAUCAUCUGUCUUGGCCGAAGCUGGUCAGAGCGUGUGGUGCCAGUAUGUGUCCCCGAGCUGGAGACUACAAAGAAACGACGCCAGAAUAAACGUGUACUGAGUGGUUGAUGCUUCUAUUCAAUUAUAAAUGUAAUUGUGCCAAGUCAGUAAAAAAUUUUGAAUAAAAAAGGAGAAGUUUACACUUGCCGUGUAAAGCCUAAG